AUGACGCAUGCGAAGGGAAUUGCGCGGGCCCUGCUGUUGGCCACGCUGCUACUAACAUGGAUGCAAGUGGGCAUGUCCAAGCACCACGUCGAUCUGUCCAGUUCAAACAAAUCAGUCUUCCUCUUGAAUGUAGUCCCAGGAGACACAGUGGUAUACACAUGUCCAUAUAGCCUUAACAAAGAAAUGAAAAAUAUGUGUGCACGCGAGAGAGAAUAUUUUGAGCAAAAGCUUUUCUGUUUUGAUCAUGUAAUUAUUAAUAGAAACGUCUUCCACUUAAGAGACUACGUGAGAGGAGCAUACAAUAUUGUAAGUAAAUACGUGAACAAUAUAUAUACAGCUGAAUUCACAGUGCCCCCUUUUGUACUAAUGAAUCGCCAUUUCGAAUGCUACUGUUACAUGGAGGAUGGAAACGAAGUUGUUAAAAAGACACUGAAGGUACACAUCUCUAAGGGUGUCGUUAAGAAAAUCCCUGGGUGUGACUUCAAUGAUGAGUAUAGGGAAAGCACUGCCAUCACCACCUUCAGUAACAUGGAUCGUAAUACAGUGAAGGUAUGUGAUAGCUAUCCUAGAGGUGGGGAUACCAUCACUCUGUUGUGUCCUGUUAAUUACACUGUCCAACCAGAUGGAUGUUUCAAUCAAGUGUACGUCAAGAAGGACGAUAUAAAAAAUGAUAAAAAUAAGUUAGAGGAACGAUUCAAUAUUAGUAGGAAAUGGGAGAAAGACAAAUAUAAAGUAGUUGAUAUUGAGACUCUGUUUGGUCAAAAAUUGAAUAGCAUGGGGGAUGAAAUGACGAGGUUUGCAAAAAUUCCUGUUACAAAUGAAGAAAUCAGUUUUACCUGCACAUGUCAGGCAAAUGAUGCAUCCGAUACGCUCAUGAUGAAUGUAUAUAUAAAUGAGAGUUAUGACAAAUUUGUGCAGUCUAAUCAUGAUAAGGUGGAGUACUCGAAGCAUAACUUUUCUUCCACCACAGUUAGUCAUUACAAGGAGGAGCGCAGCGGCGCGUCCUUCUCUUCCUUUUUCGGUCAGGCGCUGCUUGGCGCACUGAUGCUGCUUUUGUUGGGCGCGUAG